AUGGAUGUCGGAGAAUUGCUUUCGUUCAAACCGGUACCAACGCCUAAACGUCCUAAUGAGGAAGAUUUGGAGGAUUCAGAUGAUGAAGGCAAAGGUUCAAAGAAAGCAAAGCGGUCAAAUAAAUCCGCAAUUAAUCGAAUGCAGCAAUUAGGAAAUAAAUCACUACCAAAAGAACCAAUAAUUAGUGAUAAGGAAAAAGAAGAUAUUUUAAGAUAUGUGGAAACAGAGGCUACAGAGGGAGAAAUACUUGACGACACUGCUGUGAAAAAGCUUGUCCUUAAUUUUGAGAAGAAAGCCCUCAGAAAUAGAGAAAUGAGGAUAAAGUUUCCCGAUCAACCAGAAAAGUUUAUGGAAAGUGAAAUAGAUUUAUUUGAAGCUCUUCAGGAUUUAAGUGCGGUGGCAACAGUACCAGAUCAGUAUCCACUAUUAGUGGAAUUAAAAUGCAUUAAUUCCAUAUUGGAGUUACUCUCGCAUGACAAUACUGAUGUUUCAACAAAAGUUGUGAAUUUGCUACAGGAACUCACUGAUGUAGAUAUUUUGCAUGAGAGUGAAGAAGGUGCAGAGGAGUUAAUCAAUGCUCUAGCAGAAGCCGAGUGUCCAUCUUUAUUGUUACACAAUCUGGCCCGUUUAGAUGAACAGGUGCCUGAUGAGAGAGAUGCUGUUCACAAUACAUUAGGUAUUAUAGAAAAUAUAACAGAGUUCAGGCCAGAAUUAUGUGUGGAGGUUGCGAAACAAGGUUUUAUACAGUGGAUAUUAAAAAGACUGAAGUUAAAAGUACCAUUUGAUGGCAACAAAUUAUAUGCCACAGAAAUUUUAUCUAUUUUGUUACAAAAUACACCAGAAAAUAGAAAACUGCUUGGUGAAUUAGAUGGUAUCGACGUUCUGUUACAACAAUUGGCGUUCUACAAGCGUCAUGACCCCAGUAGUGCAGAGGAGCAGGAGGCUAUGGAGAACAUGUUCGACUCACUGUGCUGUGCGCUCAUGGAGCCGCUCAAUAGAGACCGCUUCCUUAGAGGAGAAGGACUGCAGCUUAUGAACCUUAUGCUCAGAGAGAAGAAAAUGUCCCGCAAUGGUUCGUUAAAAGUAUUAGACCACGCUCUGGCCGGUCCCGAUGGUAAGGACAAUUGUAAUAAAUUCGUGGACAUCCUCGGACUACGGACGGUAUUCCCUUUAUUUAUGAAGACGCCGAAGAGGAAGAGAAUAUUGACUUUAGACCAGCAUGAGGAACAUGUGGUAUCAAUAAUAUCUUCGAUGUUACGCAACUGUCUGGGAAGUCAACGUCAGAGGCUCUUGGCCAAGUUCACUGAAAACGACUUGGAGAAAGUGGACAGACUGUUGGAACUGCACUUUAAAUAUAUGGACAAAGUGGAUCGUACUGAGAAAGAGAUGGAGAUGGAGGCCGAAGAUUUGGAUGACGAUGCUCAAUACUUGAAGAGAUUAUCUGGUGGGCUGUUCACUCUACAGCUGAUAGAUAGAAUUAUUUUAGAGGUGUGCACAGCUGGUCCGCCGGCCAUCAAGCAGAGAGUACAACGUGUGCUAUCGCUGAGAGGAGGCUCGCUUAAAAUUAUCAGACACGUGAUGAGAGAAUACGCGGGCAACCUCGGCGACGCGGGCAGCGAGGAAUGGCGCCAACAGGAACAACAACAUAUACUACAGCUGGUCGACAAAUUCUAG